AUAUUGACGGCAGAGUUUCGUAUGGGUUUUCCUCAUUUUUUUCCUGGAAGCCAUUCUGUUUGAUAAAAUUAAUAUUACGCAGAUUGUACUGAGUGGAAGUGAGGCAAAGUGCGACCGAAUUUAGUGUAAUGUAACAGACUAGAAGCAGUUAAAGAGAAAAGACUGGUGCUUAUGAUUAACGUGUAGUGAAAUGAAUGAUUGUCUCGCGUGCAGCGUAUAAGUGACAGAGAUGGCGCGCUGCUGGCUGACGCUGGCGGGGCUGCUGGCGCUGGCGCGGGCGCCGGGCGCCUCCGCCGCCGACCCGCCCGAGUGCCCGCUGCCGGCCCGCUGCAAGCUCGGCGGCUACGGCCAGAACGAGUACCCCUACACCGUCGAUGGUUUGCAAGUGAUGAUCCAAUACACAGACAGUGGCUACUUCGCACUGAAAUGUCCCAAAAAUAUAACGCUGGACAAUCCGGCGCUACCGCGGUUCAAGAGCAAGCUGCGCGUGUCCAAGGCUCAGCUGGAGGACUGCCCGGCGCCGCGCGACUCGUACGCCGACGCACUCGAGCGGCUCAACGUGCUCGUGCUCGACAAGCUCAAGCUCGUGCGGCCCGGCGCGCUGCGGGCCGCGCACCUGGCGCCGCUCGGCGAGCUGCCCGCGCUCGAGCUCGUGCAGGCCAGCCUGGCGCCCGGCGCGCUGCAGCCCCUGCGCGGCCUGCAGCGCCUGGCGCUGGACGGCGUGCGCCUGCCGCCCGGCGAGCUCGCGCGCCUGCCGCCCGCCCUGCAAGCGCUGCACCUGGCGCGCCAGCACCAGCCCGUGCGCGCCGCCGACCUGGCCGCCCUGCCGCGCCUCGCCAACCUCACGGUGCGCGACUCCGAGGACGUGCCCGUGGAGCCGCCGCCCGGCCUGCGCGCGCUGGCGCUGGAGAUGCCGGCGCCGCACGUGGCGGCGGCGCUGCCGGCCGGCCUGGAGAGCCUCACGCUGUUCGGCUGGGACGCGGCCGCGCCCGAGCCCUGGGCGCCGUGCGGGCUGCGCGAGCUGUACGUGCGCUUCCCCAACGCCUCCAGCCUGCCGGCGGGCUGGCUGGCGGCCUGCGCCGACCUGGCGUCCGUGCGCGUGGAGGACGGCGAGCGGCUGACGGCGCUGCACGCGACGGCGCUGCACGGCGCGGCGCUGCGCGAGCUGCGCGUGACGUCGUGCGCGCUGGCGGCGCUGCCGGCCGGCCUGCUGGACGCCGCGCCCGACCUGCUGCUGCUGGACCUGUCCGACAACCGGCUGACGGCGCUGCCGGGCGGACUGUUCGUCGUCACCAAAAAGCUGCGAAUGUUAAACUUGUCCAGGAACCGGCUGACGACGAAUGUAUUCGACUCGCUGGCGGCGGUCACGUCGCUCACUACGUUGAACCUCAGCUUCAAUGAUUUGAAAGACUCGUGCGGAGGCGCGGCGGACACCGUGCGAGGGUCAUCACCCUUGCAGUAUUUGACAUCGUUGGAAAAAUUUUAUUUGCGCAAGACUAACACGAGUGUCAUCUGUCAGGACUGGCGCACUAGCAUGUCUCGGCUGAAGGAGCUCGACCUCUCGUACAACAACAUCUCCGUGGUCACGUUCACAGACCUGCGGUUCUCCAGCGAAGCCGAGGUGGACCUGCGCCGCAACCCCGUCGCCCGCCUCGAGUACUCGCGCGACGACGUCUCGCGCGCCGCCGCCGUCGCGCCGCCGCUAGCCGCCGUGCGCCUGGACCCGCUGCCGUGCGACUGCCGCGCGCACUGGGCGGCCGAGGCGCUGCGCAGCUCGCCGCAGCACCUGCGCCUGCCGCCGCGCUGCUCCGGCGGCGCGUUGCUGGGCGCCACGCCGGCGCACGCGCUGCUGUGCGCGGCGCGCGCUGCGGGUGGCGCGGGCGCGGCGGGCGCGGCGCCGCGCGUGCUGCGCGUGCAGUGCGCGGGCGCGGGGCUGCAGCGCGCGGGGGACGCGGUGCGGGCGGUGUCGCGGGCGCUGGCGGCGCGCGGGGCGGCGGCGGCGCAGUUCGAGUGGCGCCUGCUGCUGCCGCACAAUAACAUCUCGGAGCUGGAGAUCGCCGAGCUGCCCGCGAACCUCUCGGUUUUGGAUCUGAGCGAUAACAAGAUAUCGGUGCUGAAGGAGGAGGUGGUGCAGGCGCUAGUGCAGCCGCCGCGACGACUGUUCCUCGCGCGCAACCCGCUCGACUGCUCCUGCAGCCACGCCGCCGCGCUCGCCGCCCUGCGCCCGCCCGCGCUCGCCGACCUGCCCCACGCCACCUGCGCCGGCGGCACCGCCCUGCUGCGAGCCCGGCCGCGGCCCUGCGCCGGCCUGCCCGUGCCCGCCGUGGCCGCCGCCGCCGCGCUGCUGGCGCUGCUGGCGGCCGCGGCGCUGGCGGCGGCGCUGUGGCGCCCGGCGCUGCGCCUGCGCAUCAAGGCGGCGCUGCACCAGCGCGGCUGGCUGGCGCCCGCCGAGCCCGACGACGACGGCCGCCGCUUCGACGUGUUCGUGUCGUUCGCGCACGCCGACGAGCACUUCGUGCGCACGCAGCUCCUCGCGCGGCUCGAGGCGCCGCCCGCGCCCUACCGCGUGUGCGUGCACUACCGCGACUGGGCGCCCGGCGGCUGGAUCCCCGCGCAGAUCGCGGCGAGUGUCCGCGCCUCGCGCCGCACGCUGGCGGUGGUGUCGGAGCACUUCCUGCGCUCGGGCUGGGCGCGCGCGGAGCUGCGCGAGGCGUACGCGCUGGCGCUGCGGGACGCGCGGCCGCGGCUGCUGGUGCUGCUGCUGGCCGAGCCCGCCGCGCUGCCGCUGGACGCCACGCUGCGCCGCUACCUCGCCGCCAACACCUACCUGCAGUGGGGCGACCCCUGGCUGUGGCACAAGCUGCGCCUCGCGCUGCCGCCCGCGCGCGGCCCCGCGCCGCCCGCGCCCGAGCGGGAGGCGGGCUCGGCGGCGUCGCUGGACGGCUCCGGCGGCACCGCCAGCUCGUCGUGCUCGUCGGCGCCGGCGGCGGAGGAGCCGAGCGGGCCGGGGCCGGCGGCGCGGCGCCGGCGGGCCGGAGCUGGCGCGGCUGCUGCGCGGGCCGUGCGCGGCGCCGGCCGCGGCCGUGCUGCCGCCGUGCACUGCGGUGGCGGUGUAGUGUAGCGUGUGCCAUUACGGCUGAUUGUGACGCAGUGCUUGUGGAUCGAUGAAUACAUCAAACUGUGGAUUAUUUCUCUCUAUAGAUACAGAAUCUCAAAUACCUAGAAAAAUCAAGGCGUUAGACAUUAUAUACCACUCAGUUGGAAUGUAGCGAACAUUCGCAUCUGGAAUGGAGUUGUGACUCCACAUUAGUGCGUCAAAAAACCCUUCAGCUGUAGAGUAUAAUUAAAGAAAACCUUCUGAUUGUCUCCGCACUCCUAGAAUACGUUUUCAUCCGAUUGGAAACUAAUAACUGAUUGUCUGAGAAACAAUGCAUUAUGCACGUUGUCUAGGCAAUUGUUUUAAUUCCUCUAAGUACCUAUGUAUCUGAUAUACACUUACGCCUUUAAUUAAAGAAUUGCAUUUAUGACAUUGUAUGUUAUGUUAAUGUUAAUAUAUUGUGUUUUACAUGAAGUUUAAUUCUUUGUAGAAUAAUUUGUUACGACUGUAUCAAGACACAAGUGCUUAGUGUCCGAGUAAGUAAUAAAUAAAAAAAAAUCUGCAUCAAAACAUUUAAUCUUUUAAAAAAGAAUGAAAUAACAUUUUAUAAUACGUCACUGGAAAAUAACAAGAACCGCGAAUUCGUUAGAUUCCAAACGAGAGAUUAUUUCGGUGAUUGGGUGAUUGAGCUAACUGUUUUACAAGUGCAUAUCCAUUAGUUUAUAAAUUGAUGGUGAAGCGUCAAUGUCUUUUUUUUUUCAAUGCAAAUAUUUAUUCAAUAAUAAAUUAAAUAGAUAAGUUAUUUUUCCCGCAACUUAAAACUUUAUUUCGAUCAUUUUCAUAUUUAUAAUAACCCAAUUGAGUCUCUGGUGAUGAUAUCCGAACGACAAUACUAGCUACCGCAGCGCCCAUUGGUUCGUAUCGAGUGUUCUAGAAUAUACUAUCAACAAGCUAGCAGUGUUGCGUCUGGCCACCGCCAAGGACGGACGUAGUACUUCUCCCGCCGCCAUUUGCAUUGUGUCGAAUACACACCGCUCCGCGUCAUUAUUUCCCUAUAUGUGAUUUCCUGAAGAUUCUCGUGUAAUAAUUGAACCUGCUACUAGAAGACAUUGCGGACUUAUAGUGCAGUGCUGAUUUCCCGAGUUUUAACCAGUCCACCGGUGGAUGAACCUAGAUUUAGUUCGCCGGCCGGCAGCCCUUACCGCGACCACGCGCCCUGGAACGAGGCAUCUUCACAUCUCGCUGGUUCUAAGUGAGGUCCCUGGAUUCACAAGGUACGUGGGCUUUAUUGCUGCAAAUAGUUGUAGUGGGUAUUGGUGUCUAACGGAAUAUCAUCGGCAGGGAUUUAAUUGAAUUACGAUUUGAGUUUCACCGCCAUACUGUUUUUCCGCAUUCGAUUUUCAAGAUUUGAAAUCACCGCUCCCGCAUCCCGCACUUCUCUUUUCUUUCUUCAUUCCACUUUUUAAAUUUGUCCCAAUUAAAUCCAUAAAUUUUUUAUUAUUUUUCUCCGAUGAGGCAAUUUACACGCCUCAUCAAUUGACUACGGGACGGUUUAGAAUUUUACGAAAGUUUCUCAAAUUCGCAGUUCUAGUUAUUUUCCAUUGACGUAAUAGUAUACAAAAAAAAUGUGUAAGAAAGGGUCGGCGAGUGUGUGAUCACCUGCGUGUCACGUCACAGCUGCCAUCAGUACAUUACAAACAUUUCGAAUACGACAAUAAUCAUUCAAAACUAACGAUAUAGGUAGGUACUUAGUAAAAUUUGUCUUGGUGUCAAAUAGGUAUGCUAGUCGUUACUUGUGCUAGUUUAUAAAUAAUACAAAUUGCGAAUUUAAUAAAUAUAAUACUAAAUAAAUUGUAAAAUAUGUUGAUGUUGAACUUAUUUUUUUACUUUGUUUUUAUUGUGACGUUGUAAGGGACGGAAGGAUGUAAGUUGUAUUAUCGUAAAUAGUUAUGUAGGAGUGAGUCACGUAUGUGUAUGAAGAUGACGUGAUGUAUGAAGUGGCCCGAGCAAGCCGUGCCGCGCCGCGUCGCUCGGGCGCCUCUAGUGCAUGGCUAGACCUGUCGCCACAGUCAUGGUAUGAUGAAGUGUGCAGAUUGCCUAACUUCUAUGCUUAUAUUAAUGUUAAUCAUUGUCGUAGGCUCGUGUGAAUAGAUCUCUGUCUUACAUGAUGACUCACGCUUUUAAUUCUUGGCGAAUCCAGUGUAAAACAAACUCAGUUUGUGUAGUGCAGUAUGUCGACUCGUACUCCAUUGUUUCUAUAUGUGGGACAAAUCGUCCUCCACUCCACACAAAAUGUAGGUAACCGUAUUUGACGAUUGAAAGUAUUGAAUGUAACUAGUUGUAAACUACUGUGUUAGCUAAGCUGUAGUAUAGACGCAGUACCUAGACUAGCUGUAUUGUUGUGAACCGUUGUGUAUCGCUUAAGAAUGACUUCCGCCUGAACACGAGCGUUGAGUGUAACCCUGUAGAGGCAGCCACGCUCGCCCGCCAUCCUACAUAGCGUUGUGUCAUAAAUUAUAGACUGUCUAAUGAAUAUUUUACACAGAUUUAAUAAAAAAAAUAUUUUUAUA